AUGAAGAGGGCCGGCAGCGCGUUCGCCCUGGUACAGCCCAUACAAGAUGCCACAAAGCUGAGCUUGGAGGAGGGUGGAUUGGAGGUGUUGCGUCGAAUCAAAGGGCCUGUUGCACCCGUCGUGGUGAUCGGCCCGUACAGGAGUGGAAAGUCCUUCCUGUUGAACCAGCUGCUUGGAGUUGGCUGUGAUGAGGGCUUUGGAGUGGGCCACACGCGGAGCACGCAGACCAAGGGCGUCUGGGUGUGGGGCGAGCCGCAGCUGGCAGCAGGUUCACAGCCCAGCACAGAGGCUGUACCAGCGAUAGUGUACGUGGACACAGAGGGGUUCGAGAGCACGGGCAAAUCGGAUGUGUACGACGAUCGCAUAUUUGCGCUGAGCACCAUCAUCAGCUCGCUGCUGGUUUACAAUCUGCCGGAGACCGUGCGCGAAAGCGACGUGGAGAAGCUCAGCUUCGCGGUGCAGCUGGCCGAGGGCUUCUACGCCUCCUCCCAGGCAAGCGCCGCAUCCACUUGUUAUGACGGUGUGCUAUUCUGUAAGGGGGCGGGCAGGGCGCCGGUGGAUGCGCCCAACAUGCUGUGGCUCAUCCAGCGAGACUUCUUGGAGGGCAAGAGCGUGCAGCAGAGCGUCAUUGAGGCCCUCGCGCGCGUGAACAAAAUCCGAGAGAGCUUGGGUGUGGUGGUGCGCAACAGCACGGCGUACGGUCUGCAGCAGCCGCACCUGGAGCGCACGCGCCUGUGCCAGCUAAGCGACGCUGACCUCGACCCGGUCUACGUGCGCCAGCGCUCCGGUCUGCGCGACCUCGUGCGCCAGCUCGCCAAGCCCAAGCUGCUUAACGGCGAGGUGAUGACGGGGCCGGGCCUGGCCAAGCUGGUGGAGACGAUGGUGGGCGCGCUCAACUCGCGCGAUAUCCCCACCGCCGGCUCUAUCCUGGAGCACUUCAAUGCCGACCUGGUGCAGAAGGUAAAGGAAGCGUACAUCCAGGCGUUGGAGUCCCUGGGGCUGCCGGUUCAGGAGGAGGACUUGGAGCGCGUGCACAAGGCGGCGCUUGACGCCGCGCUCCAGUCGUUUGACUCGGCCAGCUUUGGCGUGCCGGGCAGCUCCGAGCUGGAGGUGUUGAGGGAUGCGCUGGUGGCUGGGUGCGCGCGCGAGUGGGAGGCGCGGCGGACGGCCAACAUGCUGCGCAGUGCGCACGUGUGCGAGGCGGCCGAGGAGGCCUGCGAGUCUGUCCUGGAGCACGAGCAGUCCGGAGCUCUGCCCUCCACUGGGAGGUUCCAGGCGAAGUUCGACAGGUGCAAGGCGGAAUUUGAGGCGGCCUGCAUCGGCCCGGCAAACAAAGCAGCCGGGGAGCGGCUGGCGCGGGCGCAGCGGCGGGAGAGCGCGCGGUUCGUGCGUGACUACAACGACCGCAUCUUCAACGGCCUCGUUAUUGCCUGCCUGGCCGACAUCCUGGUCUUCCGCUUUCUCGUCCGGGUGUCCCUCAUGGAGACUGUCGGCUGGGUUGCGUUUGCUUUCCUGCAGGUGUAUCCAAAGAUGUUUCUGAGCGGAGGGUCAAUGUAUGAGACGUCAUGGUGGGGUGGGCUGGUGAAAGUCUGGGAGGUGAUUGUGUACAAUUCGGUGAUGGAUUUGCAGCAGUGCUGGCAGGACGUGGGUUGA